UGAGAGGGACGGAUUUACAGGACUGUGCUUCUGAUCUGUACACACUGGAAGUGACAGUCCUGAGCUGAUUAGUGCAUGCUGAUCCCCAAGGGCUGCUUAUUCCAUGAACUCUCACAACUGGGUAGGGUGAGGUCCACUUGCUCCACAGAGGGGCGUGAUCUGCUGCCAGCAUGUUUGCAUUCUCCAAAAUGAAGGACUAUGUACUUCUUUGCUGGUUAAGCUGCAACUAGUCACCUGGAACCUCUCACUCUGGCAUUUGAUAGACACUGGCAGUUCUCCACAUCUACCGUGGUUAUCAGGGGCAGCCACAAGUUGUCCAAAAUUCUGUGGAGAUAGAUCAAAGAAUGGGAAGCACAGCUAUGGAUACUAAGAAGAAGAAGGAGCUUUCCAAAAAGACCAGCAGCCAGAAGAGGAGGAUGCUGAGGGUUCAUAUACCUGAUCUCAGCUCUUUUGCUAUGCCCUUUCUGGAUGGAGAUUUGGACAGUUCUGAGAAAAAUGCUCCCCGCAAGACAGAAGAACCCCAUAGUACGGGAAGCCCUUCAAAAAGCUUCUUCCCAAGAGCUCUACAAAACCGACCAUCUAGUCCACUAUCUGCACCAGUCAAAUCAAAAUACAGCCCUGGAUCCCCAAAGACUGUGUUUCCAUUCCCACAACAGGAGUCACCUCCUCGCUCACCUCGGCGUAUGAGCUUCAGUGGCAUCUUCAGAUCCUCCUCCAAAGACUCUACAUCUUCCAAUUCUAACCAAUCUACCUCGCCUGGUGGCAUUAAAUUCUUCACGCGAUCAAGAAAAGCCUCCGGAUUGUCUUCUUCCCCAUCCACUCCCACACAAGUGACCAAGCAGCCCAAUUUCCCUCUGGAAUCCUACAAACAUGAACCAGAACGGCUAGAGGCCCGGCUCCGUUCCUUCUCCUCUCCACCGGACACUGGGCAGAGGUUUUCAGUAUCACAUCUACCAAUAAAUGUGACUAAAUCUUCAACGCUGAGCGCUACCUCAAAAACAGCUCAAGGCACCGCUGAAGGCAUGCUGGAGAAACUGGAGCUGGAAGAUGAAGCUGUUGAAGAAUCGGAGGGUGAGAUAUACAUGCGCUUCAUGAAAUCCCACAAGUGUUACGACAUUGUGCCCACCAGCUCCAAGCUCGUUGUGUUUGACACUACCUUACAAGUAAAGAAGGCCUUUUUCGCGCUGGUAGCUAAUGGCGUAAGAGCUGCUCCGUUAUGGGAAACGAAAAACCAGAGUUUUGUAGGAAUGUUAACAAUUACAGACUUCAUCAAUAUAUUGCAUCGAUACUACAAGUCUCCAAUGGUACAGAUAUAUGAAUUAGAGGAGCACAAGAUAGAGACCUGGAGGGAAUUGUAUUUGCAAGAAACCUUCAAGCCUUUGGUGAAUAUAACUCCAGAUGCAAGCCUGUACGACGCAGUGUAUUCACUCAUCAAAAACAAAAUCCACCGGUUACCGGUAAUUGACCCAGUCAGCGGGAAUGCACUUUAUAUACUCACCCACAAGAGGAUCCUCAAGUUUCUUCAGCUUUUUGUGUCAGAAAUGCCAAAGCCUGCCUUCAUGAAGAAAAACCUAGAGGAACUUGGGAUAGGGACUUACCACAACAUUGCCUUCAUACAUCCCCACACUCCCAUCAUCAAAGCUUUGAAUAUAUUUGUAGAAAGACGAGUUUCUGCAUUGCCAGUUGUGGACGAGUCGGGGAAAGUUGUAGAUAUUUAUUCCAAGUUUGAUGUCAUUAACCUUGCUGCUGAGAAAACCUAUAAUAAUUUAGACAUCACGGUGACGCAGGCUCUGGAACACCGCUCGCAGUAUUUCGAAGGUGUAGUAAAAUGCAGUAAGCUAGAAACACUGGAGACGAUUGUGGACCGAAUAGUCAAGGCAGAGGUCCAUAGACUGGUAGUUGUGAAUGAAGCACAUAGCAUUGUUGGAAUUAUCUCUCUCUCAGAUAUUCUGCAAGCACUGGUUCUGUCUCCUGCAGGUGCCAAAAGGAAGGAAAGUGAGGCAGACUGAUCCACCCAAACCUAUGAUCCCAUUUUCUCUAGAAAAAAAACACUUGAAUGAUGUUUUUGUGUCAAACUAGCCUUGGAAACACUGACUGCAAUAGAUGGGUGGAAGAUUUCUAUGAAGAGUUAUGGCAUGGCACUAUGGCUUCCUUUCUAGCCAUGUCUCAAUACUGCGCUGGCAGGGAGAUAUCCGAUGGUGAUACAGUAGAUCGAUUGUUACUUUGCUCAUUGUUUUUCUUCUUUAGUUUGACAUAUCAAAAUAGACACUUACCUGCUUUCAAAAAUCUUGACCUUCGGGUUCUUGAAAAGUUUGAUGCUAAGGCAUGGUCCUAAGCUAGUGUGCAGUGUGUAUAUAUAUAAAUAAUGCAGGAGCCUCCCCUGAAUGCAAUGGACACGGUGGUGCAAAGUCAGACACUGUAUUAUAUGUGAAUGUCAAUGAGAUUUCUAUACCAGUGACUGUUGGAGAUGCAUGGAACAAGGUGCCAAAGACCAUCCUAGCACCAAAAUCAGAUGCUGUCCACUCCCCCCAUCACCUUGCUGUUUAACUAGGCCAAGCAUAUACUGUAUGCUUCUUGAGGUAUGUAUACCAACCCCAUAUUUAAGAGAUACAUCUUUAGCCUCCCACAGAACCACAUGGUGAAGGAGCAUGGUUCCCAGCUUCCUGUAGGACCAUAAGGAAAGUUCUCCUCCUACUUAUGUCUGAGCUGCAGCAAUAUACAGCUUUCAUUUUUCCUGCUCACCUGAAAGCAAAGUGACUUAUACUGUAAUCUACAUCUGACGCAUGACUAAACCUCAGUCCCACCAUUGCUGUGUAGAUACAAAUAUGCGUCCAUCCUGCAGUGAUGACCUCUAAUGUCCCACAGAUGUACGAGACACUGAACAAAAAAAAAUCUAGGUUUAUUUAUUUUUUACAUUAAAUUUUAAAAAAUUACACCAAACCGGUGAAUAGUAAAUGAUUUCACCAUAUCAAUAAACCAUUGAUUGUUAAAAAAAAAUGCACAUUGUUUUAUCAUUGCUACAAAAACUGAUAUUCUGUACUGUAAUGUAAAUACCUAGUUCUCGAAGAAAAAGAACCAGAGAAACUUAUCUAUAUAUAAAUAUAUUUUUUGUGUAAACUGUAAAA